AUGGACAUUGCACCGGAGACUACGCGUCCUGAUGGGUUAACCGCGGACAUAACUAGCACCAACGAAAGUGAAGAGCAGCCUGCAACUGGAUAUAUGCAAGGAUGGGCUCUCGCUUGUUUGACCCUGGCUUUCAUGUCCAUCUGCCUCGUACUAGCUAUUGAUAAUACCAUUCUAUAUGGCACUGCUGCCGACCUGCGGCCGCCUCUACGCAUUCUAUACAUCAAGUGGGUGUAUUGCAUCUCGCUGGCCGUCUUCGAAAUCGGCUCCAUCGUCGCGGCAGUCGCCCCGAAUUCUAUAGCACUUAUCAUAGGGCGAGCAGUCUCUGGCCUCGGCGCUGCUGGCUUGGUGAGCGGGACGACAACUAUUCUGUCGUAUUGCGUAUCUUUGAAAAAGCAGGCGAUGCUGUCACCUAUCGUUCUGGGCAUGUACAACAUUGGAUCGGCUAUUGGACCACUCGUGGGUGGUUCGAUAACCGAUAGUAGGGUUCAAGCCUUCGGAGCUGUUGGGCUGAUUCUGGUCUGGUUCACCUUAAGGAAACCUCCACCCGCAGUACAGGGGGACCUAACCUGGGGCCAGAAGGUUCGUCAACUUGACCUUCUAGGGGCUACUCUGCUGCUCGGUGCAACAUCGUGUUUGAACUUGGCAUUGCAGUGGGGUGGCAUCGUCUACCGAUGGUCUGAUGCCAAAGUGUUCGGGUGCCUGAUCGGAUGCGGUCUACUCAUGAUUACCUUCUUGUGUUUGCAAUUCCGAGGUAAAGCAAGCUCGAAUAUCCCUCUUCGCAUUUUUCGAAGUCGUACCGUAUCGGCAUCGUGCGGCUUCAUGAUGCUCGUUCAGAUGGCUUUAGUACUACAAUCGUACUUCUGGCCCAUAUACUUCCAGUCGGUCAGGAGCAAAAAUGCCAGGGACUCUGGAAUCGAUCUACUCCCAUUGAUUGUGUCGAACAGCCUCGGCACACUCUGCGCGGGUUCUAUAGCUUCGAAAUUCGGGCACUAUGUACCGUUCAUGUGGUUCGGACCUCUUGUUUUAGCUACUGGAGGAGGUCUAUAUCAACUAGUCCGUGCCGAUAGUCCGCGCGGACACUGGAUAGGGUUCCAGAUACUUUCUGGGCUUGGCUAUGGCAGCUGUAGUCAAAUGCCGAUCCUGGCUGUGCAGGUUGUCCUCAGCAAGCCAGAUAUACCAAUGGGUCUUGUAAUGAUCAUGUUUUUCCAGAUGCUUGGGGGGCGCUGGCUCCUAGCGUUGGGCAGAACCUCUUUACUGAUGGACUUCUGCGAAAUCUCAGCCAGGUGGAGGGAAUAG